AUGGCAAAUAUAACGGCUUCUGCAACUGAUAAAAGUUCUCUCAAUGAAUAUGAACAGCAUUACUUCAACUCGUAUGACCACUAUGGUAUCCAUGAAGAGAUGUUACAGGAUACCGUGCGCACUCUGUCGUACCGGAAUGCCAUUGUUCAGAAUCGCGACCUCUUCAAAGGAAAGGUGGUGUUAGAUGUUGGCUGCGGUACUGGUAUUCUAUCCAUGUUUGCAGCCAGGAAUGGAGCCAAGCAUGUCAUCGGCGUGGAUAUGUCCAGCAUUAUUGAGAUGGCGAAAAAGAUUGUCGACAUCAAUGGGCUUUCUGACAAGAUAACUUUGCUACGCGGGAAGCUAGAGGAUGUUGUUCUUCCAUAUGAGAAGGUGGACAUUAUUAUCUCGGAGUGGAUGGGAUACUUCCUUCUAUACGAAUCCAUGAUGGACACCGUUUUGUACGCUCGUGACAAGUAUCUUGUGGAGGGAGGUCUAAUUUUCCCCGACAAGUGCUCCAUUCAUGUUGCCGGCUUGGAGGACGUGGAAUACAAGAACGAGAAGCUGAACUACUGGCAAGACGUUUAUGGAUUUGACUACUCUCCAUUCAUGCCUUUGGUUAUGAGAGAGCCUUUGGUUGACACAGUUGACAACGCGUCUGUCAACACUACAAGAUCUAAGUUGAUUGAAUUCGACCUGAAUACGGUCACCAUUCCAGAUUUGGCGUUCAAGCGCAAGUUUUCCAUCACUGCGAAGAGACAGGACUUUAUCAAUGGUUUGAUCGCUUGGUUCGACAUAGAGUUCCCAGCACCAGAGGGCAUGAGGCCGAUCACCUUCUCCACGGGCUCCCACGCGCCAUACACGCACUGGAAGCAGACCGUUUUCUAUCUAAGCGACGAUUUAGAAGCGGAAAAUGGGGACGUUCUUGAGGGUGAAUUAACAUGCACUCCAAACAAAUUGAACAGCAGAGAUUUGGACAUCAAGAUUGCUUACAAUUUCAAGGCACAGGGCCCUGACGGUGAAGAGAGGUCUAGGAAGAACGAAAACACUUACUUGAUGCAUUAA